CAUACGCUGAAUUUGGAAUUAAGAAAAUAAAGGAUGGCAAGUAGCAGCAGAGAGGAUAGGUGGUCUCUAAAGGGCAUGACCGCUCUGGUCACUGGUGGCACCAGAGGCAUUGGUUAUGCGAUUGUGGAAGAAUUAGCUGGAUUUGGAGCAACUAUUCACACUUGUUCAAGAAAUCAAGAUGAAAUCAAUGAAAGGCUUGAAGAAUGGAAAGGCAAGGGGUAUCAAGUAACAGCUUCUGUGUGUGAUUUGUCUUCCAAGGAACAAAGGAUUGACCUUAUCAAUACUGUUUCUUCAAUUUUUAGUGGCAAACUUAACAUCCUUAUAAACAAUGCGGCAUCGGUGCUACUUAAGGAUGCAACCAAAUAUACAUCUGAAGAUUAUGCAUAUAUAAUGGGGUCAAACGUUGAAUCUCCCUAUCAUUUGACUCAACUCGCGCACCCACUGCUCAAGUCAUCAGGCAAUGCAAGCAUCGUUUUCAUAUCUUCCGUGGCUGGUGUUACGGGUCUUCCUUGCAUCUCUGUCUAUGCAGCUUCCAAAGGUGCGAUUAAUCAGUUAACCAAAAACUUGGCUUGUGAAUGGGCAAAAGACAAUAUUCGCACCAAUACAGUCGCACCAUGGGGUGUCAAAACCACCAUGAAUUCGAAGAGUUCCGAGGAGAUCAGCCCUGAAGCCAGGGAAUUAUACGGGGCAUUAAUGGCUCGAACUCCACUUCGGCCUAUAGCAGAAGCCGAUGAAAUAUCACCACUGGUAGCAUUCCUUUGUCUUCCGGUGUCAUCUUAUAUUACUGGACAAGUUAUUGUUGUCGAUGCGGGAUACACAGCUGGGGGUUUCAAAUGUUAGAAAAACCUUGAGGCUAUUGCGUGUUACCUUCCUUUGUUAAACUUGUUCGAGUAUAAAGUUUUAACUGUUUUGAUUUAUUAUUUUGCGACAUAAACAUUACUAUGUUUGACAAGUUUUUAGUCAAAUCUCUCUGUCUAA